AUGAAGGAAUCCGCGGAAAGUCAGAAUCACAGAGCAAGACUUUGUCAUUUAAAAUUGUGGCCGAAUUUUAGUGGAUAUGGCUUCAGUCUGAGAACAGACUCUUUCAAACAUGAACACAAAGUUGAAAAUGUUGAACCUCUUUCACCCAGUGAAUCAGGAGGUCUACUCAAUGAAGAUAUAAUUUUAAUGGUGAAUAACAAAACUGUAGAUCGUCUCUCACAUACGGAUGUCGUGAAGGUUAUCAAAGAACGAUCCGACGUCGAAUUGCUGGUUGCGCAACCGAAGGACUUGGCAUAUUUUCGAAAAUUCCCUGAUGUAAUCAGUGCUGCAAUUAAGAAUCCCAUACGGUGUGAAACUUCGGUAGAGGACUUAAAUAAACUUACUAAUGCUGAAAAACACUUAGUCAAAGCAGAUUCAGAUACAAUGAAUGAAAUUUAUCAACGUAAACGUUCUCUCUUAAAGGCAAAUGAAUUAACGAGUCGUCUACAACGCCAUGGUUGUUUUGGUGACGGCACUGUUGAAAAUGGAGUUAGGACAUGUGUAAACUAUGGUUAUGCGAAUGGUGUGGAGCACUAA